AUGGAAGGUUUUGAAGGAAACAAUGAGUAUUUUGUAAGCUUUAUAUAUUUAAACUAGAAACCAAAACUCAUCUAAGAAUUAAAAAAAAAGAAAAUUAAAGAAUUACAUUCAAGUCCUAAUUGGGAACAUAUCCAAUAAGUUGUUGAAAGUAUUUAAUAAACAACAUAUUCAAUUCAUACUAUUAAGUCUCUUAAUGAUAAUAUCUUCAAAGCAUUGACUUUUAAAGAUCUUUGUGGAUCAGAUAUAGCUUAUCAUUUGAUAACAAACUUUCAAUUUGACUAAUUUAUUGAUUUAAUAGUAUAAGUUGAAUCAAUUUUUACUUUUGAUUUCAAUCAAGUCAUUUAAUCUGUCAUCAAAGGAAUUUUGUAAAUAAAAAAAGAAAAUAAUUACAAAAAGAUAUUGGUAUUUAUAAAAUAGUUAACAUCUAUUAUUAAUCCAAGAAGGGAAGAUGAAUAAGCUAAAGGUAUGAGAUAAAUCCUAUAAUUAUAAGCAUUUAAAUUUAACUUUGACAUUGUUGUAAGUUCAAGAUUUAAUUAUGUAAAGAACAUUUGGGAAUUAAAAUUAUUGAUAAAUCUUUACAAAUUGCUUGGAAAUUUUGAAGAUGCAAUAACAAAACUAAAAAGCUUAAAGAAAGAUCUAAAUAUAAAAAGAAUACUUAAUUCAACACAGCAAGAAAGAAAUUAAAUUAAUCAUUUAAAAAUCUAAAAUUAUUUUUCUGGAGAUCCUUAUAAUUAUAUGUAAUAUCUAUAAUAAUAAAAAAUAGCAUAUUGAUAAAUAAAAGAUGUUGGGAUUUAAUUUUUAAAUUGAACAUUUCUUCAUUUUUUGUUACUCUUUCAGAUGGAUUUUCUUUAUAUAUGAGAAUAUUGAAGACAGCUCCUUUUGAUAUGUUAGUAGAAUUUCAUAAAAUGCAUAAUUAAACAAUUAAGGAUAAUAUUGAUUCAUAACACAAAGGUAUGUAUAAUAUUUUGCAUUGCAUUUCUGAAAAUAAACAUACUAUUAGUGAUGAGUUUAUUUAAAUAUUAUAAGAAUUGAAUCUAGUUGAUCUUAAGAAAUAGGCAUAUAAUGAAUAAAUUCCACUUGUAGUAUAUCUAUAAUAAUAAAAAUCAAUAAAUUAUAACUAUUUAAACUAUCUUUUAACUGAUAUUAAAGAUUAAAAUCACAAUUAAUUUGAGGGUUUAUAAUUAUUAAUAUAGUUAUAUGCUAGAGGAAUAUAUUAAAAUUACAACGAUAAUAAAAAACUUUGUGUAAGUGGAAAAAAGACUUAAAAAAUUAAUUAAUAAAAAAAGAAAAUAAAUCGUAAAUACAAUUAUAAAAAAAUAUAAUCGAGAUAUAAAAAGUCAUAAAGCUUUUGUGUUAAAUAAGAUUAAUAUAGAUAACAAUUAAGUAAAUUUUCAAAUGAUAUUAAAAUGUGUGCAUAAAAUAUAUAUGAAAACACUGUGGCAACUCAUCAAACUUAUAAUUUCAAAGGAAUUAAAUAAGAGUUUAAUAUAACACACUAUAGUUUCUCUAUGUGUCACUUUGAUUAUAACAUAUCUAAAGUAGAUUAACCAUUAGCCAUAUGGAUCAAGGAUCCAAAUCUAUUAGAUUCAUUUUUAGAUUAUAUUGAUAAGGAAUUUUGUUAAAAUAUUAAUCUACAAAUCAAGGAAGCCAUUGAAGCUCUAUUAAAAGAACUCAAAUGUUCUAUAUCAAUAGAUAAUUUAAUAAUUUAAAGAAAAAUUAUUAUUUUAAAUGCUUUAUUAUAGUAAAACAGAACUUAAGAAGAAAAUACAAAGAUAAAAAGUUAAAUUUUGACUUUAUUAAGUAAAUGUUAAGAUAGCUUAAGAUAACCAUUCUUUAGUUAUUCUAAAUAUUAAACAUUUUAAGAUUACUUAAUAUGCAAUGAUUUAAUUACCUUUGAAGCAUAUUAGGUUGAUAAUGCAUUUUAAUCUGUUAUGAAUCUUCUUAGUUUGAAAUAUGAGAAUUAAAAUAAUAUUUUAGGUUUAGCUCAAAAAGUUGAAAGAGUUUAAAAAUAUCCAUCUCUACAUAAUUUACUUUAGAUUUGUUUUUAAUAAAACAUAAUAAAUAGAUGUUAUACAUUUAAUUAGUGUUAAAAUUAAAAAGAUUUUCUUGAUAGUCUUAUAAAAUAAAAUAUUAUUAAAAGUAGUUUGAUUAAGAGUCCUUAAGGAAUUGAACUUAUUUAUUAAUUUAUAGAUAAACGUUUGCAUAUUUAAUUGUUAAAGAGUAUUCUUUAUAAUUUUUAAGAGGAAUGUAUAAUAAAAUACUUUUAAUUAUUUUAUGAAAUAGAAUCAAAUGAUUUCUUUAUUAAAGAGAAAAAGCACUCUAAAUUAAUAAUCUAUCAUUUGACAUAAUAAUAAUUAGGAUUAAUAUUUAAUUAUCAAUUAUAGGGAAUCAGAAUUGUAUUUAACUUAAGGCUAAAAAAAAAACUUAACUUAAAAGCAAAUACAAUUUAAGAAGAAAUCGUUUUAAAGUAAAUUAAAGAAAAUAAAAACUUUUUAUAAGUUUUAGUUUCAAAUGAUCAAUAUUUUGAAUUUUUAUAAGUCUCUUUGAAAUUUUAUUCAUUAUAUGAGAAAGGAGACACCAUUGAUUAUAUAUUAGAAGCUUUAACUAAUGAAGCUUAUAAGAAUUUGACAAUUUUAGAAUAAUGGAUUUUCGAUAGGUUUGAUUAAUGCUAAAAUUAAGUUAAAUAUUAAAAAAGCAUGUUUAUCUUUUUGAGACAUUAUAGUUUCUUAAUAUAUGGAGCCUUUGGAUAGAUAUAAAAGAAAAUUGACAGAUUGAAAUUCAAUAGAUAAAUCAAAAAUUAUUGUACAAUAUUUGAAAGAUAAAUUCAAUUAUCAAAGGAUUUAAAACAUCCAAAUAUUUUUAAAUUUAGUAAUCAUAAGAAAUUUGAGAAAUUCUUUAUUAUUUAUUUUGAUAAAGAAAACACUCUCUUAUUUUCUGAUUAUACCAAAGAAUUCUUUAAUAAUCAAAAAUCAUCAAUUCAUGUUAAUUAUGUUCGUAAUUCAGAAAAUCCAUUUAUACCAGCACUAUUAAAUAGCCAUAUUUAAUCAAAAUUCUUUGAUACACUUGCAUAUUGGAAUUUAAUUACUAAAGAUGAAUCUGAAAUGAAAUUCAUUAUUCAAAACCUUGAAAUACUACAAAAGGAGAAAUAAGAGAAUCUUGAAAAUCAACUCAAUAAAUAUAUUGUUCUUUAUUAUCUAAUCAAUUUCUAAGAUUUAGGAUUUAUAGAACCUUAUUUUUUGAAAUGUAACUUUAAUGAUUAUGAAAUUGAAAAACUGUUUUUAAAGUUAAUAGAAACUAAUUAAAUUAGAAAACUAGAAUUCAUUUUAUUAAAUUAAAAGCUCAAAUUAAAACGUUAUUCAAAAGAACUUACAAAUUCAAAGGAGACUUAUUUAAGGGCUUUAAACUUACAUUGGUGCUUAGCUUUAACAACAAAUCAAUUUAAAGAUUUAGUUUAAAAUAACAAUAUAAAGGAUGAGGAAAAAGAGUAAGUCUUAGAAAUGUUAACAAAUUCUGGGCAUUUUGAAAAAUUAGAAUUAGUUACUAAUUGGAUUACAAAUAAUAAUUAAUUAAUAGAGUUUACUUCUAUUGCUUGUUCUCUUUUAGUUAAUGAAUAUUAAUUGUAAAAUAAGAGAUUUAAAUCUGUUUCAAUUCCAGUGUUUGUGUAUUAAAAAAUAUAAAUGAACAAUACAUUAAGUAAAUAAAUAAAUACAUCUAUUGAAACACCUUAUUUAUUCACUUAUAGACUUGGAACAGCAUAAGUGCUCUAUAAUCAAAUAUGUUAGAGAGAUGUAGAUUUAAAAGAUUAUAAUAAGAAUUAUAUACUCUUUUAGAUUCUUUUCCCAAACCCAAAAUGGACAUUUGAUACUAAUGAUUGUGAUUUGGUUACCAAAUUUUUGCAUUUAAUAAAAUUAAAUUUGUUAAAAGAGAAUUGGAAAAACUAUAUAGAAAUUAUUGUAAAAAAUGCAGCAUUUUAUUUUGAAGUUUUAUACAAUUUUGAAUAACUUUAUUAUACUAAAAGAUACACUAAAGCAUGGUUUUCCUACAAAAAUUUGAUUGAAUUAUUAGUGCCUAUUUAUGAAAGUAUAUCUAAAGAUAGUCCAAAUACGAAUUAAUUACAAUAAAUCUAAACUCAUUUUAAUCAAACUAGAACUGAAAGAAUUAGAGAUAGGGGUUUUGCUAAAUAAUUACAAUUUGAUUUUGAAGAUAUUUAGUUUAACAAAUUAGAGAUAAAUAAAAGAUAAGCAAAUAUUUAUUAUGGUCUCCCAUUUGAAAUUGAAACAUUCAAUGAAGUAGAUUUAUUUUUAGCUCUUAUGGGUAGAAAUUAAAAUUCUAUUUUAUUUUUACUAAAAAAUACAAGUAUUCAUAUUGCAACAUUAAUUAAUAAGUAUCAUAUUAUUCAAUACUUAAUCAAAAAUGGAAAUGAAAAUACAGUUAUUGAAGUUUUAAAAUUAUUAAAAUAAGAUGAAAUUGAUGAAUCUAUGUUUGUAAAUAAUGGUUUACCUUUGCUCACCUAUAUUGUAUUUAAGAAAUGGUAUAAAUUAUAUAAUUUUGCUUAAAAAUAUUUAAUUAAUUAAUGGAUUUUAAAGCCUAAGAUCCUUGAAUAAAAUAUUAAAGGUAAAAUUUAAGAAUUAACUAUCCAUCAAUUUGCAUAAUUAAAUUCAUUUUAUGUUUAUUUUGAAUUACCAAUAGAAAGGAAAUUAAUUUUAAGAACUUGUUAAUUUUUAAUACCAAAUUCUCAUAAUGAAUAACUUAAGGCAUAUAGAAUAUAUUCAAUACUCAAAAUAAUAUUUGAUAAUAUGUCAUUGAGAUAAAUUGAAAUUAUUAGUUUAUAAUGUCUAUAUAUUAAGGAUGAUACAUUAAGUAGUUUGGAAAAUUUAUUAAAUAAAUUUGGUAAAAAUUAAUAAAUAGAAAAUUUAUUUUUAUCAAUUUAUGACAAUUCAAAAAAUAAAAAAAAGGUACUUGUUUUAGAUUUAAUGAAUGAAUUAGGACUUAAUUGUUCAACAUAAUUAGAUUAAUUUAAUUAAGCUCAAUUAGAAUGGCUCUUCAAUAAAAUUUAUAAUAAGUAUGGUCAUUAUCAUUUUUUGAUUGAGAAAAUUAUAAGAUUAUCACCAAAUUCUUUUAUUAAUAAAAUAAUUUUAGAUUCUCCUAAUUUAGCUUUGAUUAUAGCUCAACAUGGGAAAUUCGAGGCUUUGUAAAAUUUAGUUGAAGAAUAAGAUUUUGGAUAAAACUAUAAUAGAUUAAUAUCUGCUCAUUUCAUCAGAAUUAUCUUAAUGAUAAAAUAUGGAUAGAACUAUGAUCCAUUAAUUGAACCUAGUUAAAUAGAUGAUAUUCAUUUGAAACAUUAUGUAAAUGCUUUAGAUUUAAUUGAAUCUGAUUAAUAAGGAGGUUCUAUUAGUAUUUAAUUUAUGAAUUAACUAAUUCCCAUAUUACAUGUUGAAAAUUCAUCAAUCUAGUAUAUUGAUAAAUUUUAUAGUUAAUUAAAAUCUGAGAGUAACCAAAUUAAAAAAGCUUUUAAAAUUAUAAUAAAGUUAAAAGAGUUUAAUUAUGAACUUUAAAAAUUAGAAUUAAAAGCUAUUGCUAAAUGUGAUUCUUUAGUUAAGAAUUUCAAAUUCUAAUUUGGAGAUAAAUUUAAUCUACUUUAAAGUGGAUAAUCCUCUACUAUUGUAAUACCUUUUGAUUAUUAAGAAAAUGAACUUGAUGAAUUUUUAAAUGAUUUACCUUGUUUUUAUAAAGAAUUAUAUGAGAAUGCAAUUUUGAGUAAGGUUUAAUAAAAGAAAGGAAUAUUUAAGAAAAAAAAUAAACUUGUAAUAAAAUUUGAAGAUAAAAAUUUAUCUGCAUUUUACAAUGAUUUAAGAUAUUUAAUAUCUCUAUUAUAGGAAUAAUAAAAACCUGUAGAUAGUUUAGAAUAUAAGAAUGAAUAUAAAAUAAAAGGUUGGUAGCAACUAUAAAAAAAAGAUCAUGAUGAUAAUUGUUUUGUUUAUACAUCAGAUGUUGCAUUUACAAAAGAAUGGACAUAAACCAUUUUUUAUUAAGAACCUUAAAAAUCAGAGUUUUUAGAAAAAUAUCCAAAUCAAAUAUUAGUUUUCUUCAAUUAAUAAAUAUUAUUAAAUUAAGUAGAAAUAUAAGAUUAAUUAAAUCAUACUUUAAAAUAAAUAUUACACCUAUCAACUAUAGGGCUUGAUUUUAAAGGUAAAAUAGAAUUAGAAUCAUUUUUGAAAGUGUUUUUUAUGAACAAGAACCUCUAUUCUAUUUAUAAUAAUUGGUAUAAUCUAAUUAAUGCUAUAUCCACAUAUCCAACAUUAAUUUAUACUAUAAAACAUAUUUUAUCUUAUAUUUGUUAAAUCAUAGGUCUCUUUAAUGUAAAUAGUAAAGAUAAUGAAAUAAUAAUUAAAUUUGAAUCAACUGAUAUUUAAGGGAUAUCACCUAAGAAUCAUUAUUUGGAUGACUAUUUCUCUUUUUGCAAACCAUCUAUUUGUUUAGAAAGUGAUAAAAUAAUAAUUACUAUUCUUGUAAGUGAAAAUGGUAAGAAAGGAGAGGGUGAAACAUAUUUAGAAGAAAUUUUUAAUGUGAAUGAUUUAGAUGAUUUAAUUAAAGAUUAAUUUUCAUUAAAAGAUAAUUUGGAUGCUUUAAUUUUUAGAUAGUAAUUAGAGGAAAUAGCAAAGGAAACAUGUGAAUAAUUUAGAAAACUGAACAACUUUGAUCUAUUAAUAAAAUUGGAUAAAAAUGAAUUAAGAUAAUAAAUAAAAGAUCUUAAUUAUACAUAAUAAUAAGAUUAUUUAGAUAAAUUGAAAACAUAUUUUAAAUUAACUUUGAAUUUAGAUUUAUAAAAUAUUAUAGCAGGUAAUAGAUUCUCAUAAUUUUAUAAAGAGAGUUUAUGUUCUGGUAAAUAUUUUUAGAAGCCAUUAGAUAUUGGAAAUUUUUCAUAAUAUAAUGUUAAUUCAUUAAAGAAUUGUUUUGGUAUGAUAUUAAAUAAAGAAUAAUUUUUAAAAAAUACACAAAAGAAAAGAAUUUAUCAUGUAUUUUAUACAAAGAAAAAUAGAAAUCAUGCUGUAUUUUGUUAAUUUGUGAAAUCAUAAAAAAAUAGAAAUUAUUUUAUUUAAUUUGAUUAAUAUAAACUUAAAAAGAAAUAUGAUAGAAAAGCUAAUUUAUAAAUUAAAAGUGAAUAUAUUAAAGGAGCUAUUUAUUAUACAUAUGAAUAUGAAAAUUAAAUAUAAUCAUAGAAUGAAAAAUUAAUACUUAUUGAUAAUGAAGGUCAUUAUUAUUUGAAUUAAGAUGUAAAUUUUACACAUUAAAUCCAAGACCAUACAACAUUAUCAGACAAUAUUAAGGUUACAAGAUUAUGUUUUGCACUUACAUUUGAGAAGUCUAAUAUUAGCUAAAAUGUUCUUUAUUUUAAUUAAAUUGAUUUCAGAUUAAAAGAUUAUUUAGAAACAUCAAGUAUUUUAUCUGACAAAUCAUAUGAAUUAUAAAAAUUAAAAGUGGAUAAAAAUUAAAUAAAGAUUGAUCCCCAAUUAGCAGAAUAUAAUAAUGGUAAUGAGGAAGAAUUAUAAAGUAACAAAAAAGAAUUAGGUAAUAGAAAAUCAAAUAAAAUGCUUUUAACAAUUCUAUCAUAUUUUUCUGAUUAAGAUACAACUGAAAUAUAAUAUGAUAUUCCAAAUUAGAAUACAAAACUAAAUGAUGAAAAUUUGGAUACUUUAACGAAUUAUUGUAAAUAGUAUCAAAAAUAAUCUUAUUAAACUCGUGCUGGUGAACAAAGAAAAGAUAAAAUUCUAUUUUAUGACAUUUUAAACAACCUCAUAAAAGAUUAAAAAGUUAUAAAAGAUAUUAAGUGCUACAUUUAACAUGAAAAGUUUAAUGAGAUAGUUCAUCAUCCUCAGAUAUCUUUCGAUAAAGGUAUAAUCUUAAUUUGGACUCCUUAUAUUAAAGGAGCAUAUUUUAUAUUUAUUAAUGGUCAAAAAAUGAAUUUCAGGUUUUAUGUUAUAGCCUCAUAGGAAAUCUAAUAUGAAAAAUAUAUAUUGAAAUAAGAUAUAUCAGAAUUUUAAUAUUUUGUUGAAUAAGAUUUAUAAUUUGAAUUAUUUGAUAUCUAUAACAAUUUAAUCACAAAGGCUGAUGAUAUACCAUCAGGUUUAUCAAUUAAAGUAAUAAAUAAUGAUGUUACACUUAAACAAAGAUCUAAUUUUAAUGACAAUUGUUGUUAAUUAUUCAUAUAAUUUUGCAAUUUUUCUAAACCUGAUGAUAAAGUUGAUGAAUUUAAAUUGGAAAUAAAUUUAAACAAUGAAACUAUUAUAUAAGGUAAAGUAGUUUAGAUCAAACCAUAACCAUUGAGUUAAAAGAGAAUAGAUACUUUUGCAUCUAAAUUCUAAUAUAGAAGUUCUAUUUAAUAUUUAAUAAUAAGAGCAAAUUUCCUGAAUUCAUUAGCUUAGAUGGAUAAACAUAAGGGAUAAAAAGUGUUAAAAAUUAAUUUCCUUUAAGAAGUAGCUAAUGAUUAAGGAGGACCUACUAGAGAAUUCUUUUGUUUAUUAGGAAAAAAUCUUAAGAAUCCUGACAAUAAAUUAUUUAAACCUACUCAUUUGAAUGGUUAUUAUUACUUAAAUACAGGUACAUUAUUAUUGAAUGAUUCCAUAACAUUUGCUAUUGGUAUGUUACUUGCUUAUGCUAUUGCAAAUAAAUUAAAAAUUGGUAUAUCAUUUGCUUUACCUUUUUGGAAGAUAAUGUGUGAAUUACCAAUAGAGUUUUCUGAUUUAAGUUAUGUAGUGGAAUCAUAAGUCUAUUAGAGUUAUAAUUAUUUAAGAAAUUUAAGUGAAGAUGAGUUAAAUUAAUAAGAUAUAUACUUUGUAAAUUUACCAGAUGAUGUAUAAUUAUGUGAAGAUGGUAAAUCUAGAAAAGUUGAUAGAAGUAAUUUAGAAGAAUAUUUACUAUUAUCUGCAAAGUAUUAAUUAUAUGAAUAAUAUUUGAAUGUUUUUAAACAAAUGAAAAAUGGUUUCUAAGCAUAAUUUGAUGCAAAAUUAUUGGUUUAGAGUUUUUCUCUUUAUGAAAUUAAUUAAUUGAUUGAUAUUAUUGAUUACUAAAUUAAUAAAGAAAAGUUAUUGAAAUGUAUUCAUUUUUCUAGGAGAAAUUAAAUAAAUGAAAACUAUUUUACUUAAUAUAUAAGUGAAGCAGAUUAAUAAAAAUUAGAGAAUUUCUUAACAUUUAUUACAGGUAUUAAAAUAUAUUUAUAAUAAUAGGUAGUAAGUAUUCUAAUUUAGAGAACUUUAAGAUAGAAGUAUAAACAAAUGUUGAAUUAUAAAAAAAUAAACUUCCAGUAUCUAGAACAUGUAGUAAUGUUAUAAUAAUUCCAUAAUAUCCUACUUAUGAUGAAUUUAAAGCCAAAAUGGAUAUAGCAUUAGAUUGGGGAUUAGAUUUCUUUGGUCAAGGUUGA